GUCGACGACCCCCGUCACUGCCUAUCGCGGCUUCGCCGCCCUCCCAGACGGCACGCCAAGAUGGCGGCUUAUGGCGGGGCGCAGGGGCCUCUGGGAGUUGUAGUCCGGCUGCGCGCUGACGCACUUCGUCGCGGCUGUCUGGCGCCAUUGUGCGGCACGCGCGGGAUUCCGCUCUCCGCGAGGGUCGCUGAGGAUCGGGACAGCAUGGCCGUCAGGCUGCCGAAGCCGUGGUUCUCUGAACUGGUGGACUUUGAAGAUAUAACACUGGCUUUUACCCCGGAGGAGUGGGGACUGCUGGACCUCAAACAGAAGUCCCUGUACAGGGAAGUGAUGCUGGAGAACUACAAGAACCUGGUCUCAGUGGAACAUCAGCUUUCCAAGCCAGAUGUGGUAUCUCAGUUAGAGGAGGCAGAAGACUUCUGGCCGGUGGAGAGAGAGAUUCUUCAACACACAAUUCCAGAAUGUCCUGGUACUCAGUCUCCACUGGGCUCUCAGUUGAGUCCUCUUUCUCCUGAGAAUUCCUUAAUAAACAUCAAAGUUGUUGAGGUCCUCACCCUGAACCAGGAGGUGGCUGGUCCCCGGAAUGCCCAGAUUCAGGCCCUUUAUGCAGAAGACAAGGGCCUGAGCACAGACACCAUGAGGGAGCCAGGCCAGCAGCUGGGAAAGCAUCCAGCAGCCCCUGAAGUUGCUCGCCAAAGGUUCCGGCAGUUCCAUUAUGAGGAGGCCACGGGUGCUUCGGAGGCUGUCAAACAGCUCCGUGAGUUGUGCCACCAGUGGCUGCGGCCUGAGGUGCACUCCAAGGAGCAGAUUCUUGAGUUGCUGGUGCUGGAACAGUUUCUGGGUGCAUUGCCUGGGAAGUACAAAGCGUGGGUAAAGGCACGGCACCCUCAGGACUGCCAGGCGGCCAUAGCCUUGGUAGAGGAUGUGACAUCAAUGACCAAGGAAGGUGCCCUGCCUGCCCGGGUGUCUGCCUGCUUUCCCAAGGCCACCGUUCAGCAGCAGAGGAAAGAGAAAGAUACAGCAGUCUUGCCAGUGGCAGUGCUACCAGAGGAGCCAGUGACCUUCCAGGACGUAUCUGUGGACUUCACCCAGGAGGAGUGGGGCCUGCUGGGCCCGCUGCAGAAGACUCAGUACCACGAUGUUAUGCUGGAGACCCUGGGAAACCUGGUCUCCGUGGGGUGGGAGACUGCAGUUGAAAACAAAGAGUUAAUUCCUGAUUCCAAUGUUCCUGCUGAAGAACCCAUUUAUGACCCAGAAAUGAAUGAAUUGUCUAGGGAAGACAAGCAGCCCUCUGCCUUGGAAGAUCCUGUGCAAGGUGACAUCACAGAAGUCAUGCAUGCAGCAUUUCAAGAAGAGGAGCUGGCUCAGGAUAAAGCCAUGCCCCGGAAGCACCUCACCGAGAACCCCAAGUCCCAAGCAGACCCUGGUCUCCACACAAUUAGAACUUCACCCCAGAAAAUUCCUCUUAGGAACUGUUUGCGUAAACCACUCUCACAGUGUAAAGAUGUGAUCCAGAGUUCACAUGUGAAAGAUUACCAGAAGGGCUGUGAGUCAGACAAAGCCAAGGACAGCAGUGGUGGCGUGACCCAGCGUUCACUUGUGAAGGCCCAGCAGAAGGGCUGUGAGCAGGGCAAAGCUGGGGAGAGCAGUGGUCAUGUGACCCUCCAUUCACAAGUGAAACUUGUCCAGAGGGGCUGUGAGCUAGGAAGAGUCAGGGAGAGCCGCAGUCAUGUGCAGCAUUCACAUGUGAAGGCUCACCAGAAGCCCCAUAAGCAGAUCAAAGCUGAAGAGAGCAGUGGUGGCAAGAAAAUCAUCAGCCCACGGGUUCAGCAGGUCAUGUUUAUAAAAAUCCAUAGUGGGAGCCAAAUUUGCCGAUGCAGUGCAUGUGGGAAGUUGUUCCGAAACCCAAGGUACUUUUCAGUACAUAAAAAAAUCCACACAGGAGAAAAGCCAUAUGUUUGUCAGGACUGUGGGAAGGCUUUCGUGCAGAGCUCCUCCCUCACGCAGCACCAAAGGGUGCAUAGUGGUGAGAGGCCCUUUAAGUGCCAGGAGUGUGGCAGGACCUUCAAUGACCGCUCAGCUGUUACCCAGCACCUGCGCACCCACACAGGAGCCAAGCCCUAUGCCUGCCAGGACUGUGGUAAGGCUUUCCGCCAGAGCUCCCACCUCACCCGGCACCAGAGGACACACACUGGAGAGCGUCCCUAUGUGUGCUGCAAGUGUGGGAAGGCCUUCACCCAGAGCUCCCACCUCAUUGGCCACCAGAACACACAUGGCAGGAAGAAGCUCAAGAAGAAGCACAAGCAGCCACCUCCUGUCUCCUAGCCCCAUACCAGUGGGAACAUCUGUCCCACCCCAUCCUCUGUGAUUCCCCUGCCUGAAGAGGAUGUGUGACAGAAGCCAACAAGGACAUCCUGUGAUCAAGACACCAGCACAGUGUGCUCAGCACAUGAUGAGUAAAUAGAUAAACUGGGAGACUUGCUAAUCAGUACACAUACUGGAAAGAAAAGAUUUAAUUUUUAUUGAAAGUGCAAUUAGUGAAACUGAAGAUGCUUACAAAUUUUAAAAAUCAGGUAUCAAAUCUGCACUAAUAUAUCUGUAAUAAAAUAUUUAUGUCAGCAAAGUCCAAGAGAAUAUGGAUAAAUAAACUA